AUGUCUCAAUCAAAUCCUAAUUCCACAGAUGUCGACAUCAAUAGUGAAAAUAGCAACACUGAUUCGCAUGGUAAUGAAUCAGUGUCUUCCACUGAAAAUCAUGAAGAUUUAAUUCAUGCUAGAUUAAAAAGUCUUGCUCCAGAAUGCGAUUCAGUUAAGUCUGCUUAUGAUCUAUGCUUUCAAGAGUUUUUCCCAACUUUUCUUCAAGGUCAUUCCAUUGAAAAGGAUCCUUGUGAAACGAAAUUAAAAGUUUAUCAGAAUUGUCUACGUGAAGCUUUAAAAACAUCAUUUGACAUGGAUUUAUCUGAAUUGGAUUCAAUUCAAACUGAUGCAGAGACAAUUAGAAAUAUUGUAAAUAACACAACGUGA